GGGGAGCUGCACUAAGUUAUUUGUGUGAGAUUUGAAGGCAUUGGGAGGAGUGGGAGGGGGGUGGCGUCGGAGGGCUUUGCUGUGCCCCGCUUGGUUUUUGGGUCGGGGACAAAGUAUAAAGCAAAAUGGAAAUAAUUAACUGAGGGAGCACUGAAAAGGUGCGGCCUUGGCUUUAAUCGCCCUCUCUCCUCUUGAAUGCGUCCAGAUGGCACCACCCACGUGCCACGUAAGGCCAGUCCUCUGUUCUUACCCCUUUUUUAAGCUCCCCUCUCUCUCUUGGAGACGAAGAGGGGGUUUACAGGCGGAACGGUCUGUCAUCAACGAAAGAGGAAUCCUAAAGUUGUGAUCUUUGGCGGGACAAGGAAGUGUGUGAUGGGGGAAGAGGCAUUCUAUGCUGUCGAUGAGGUGCCUCGGUGUAGCAUUCUUUCUGAACAAUAGAACGAGUUUUGGGUUGUAUUGGUCUUAUAUAUUCGAUAAUCAGUGGUCUGAUAAAUGGCUUCAAAGACUACUACUAAGACCUGCUCUGACCAGCAACACAAAACACCUGGUAGUCAUGAAGUGGAACCAGCUUCCUGCAAGCUUUCCCCUUUGCAAAUUCCUAAGACAAGCAAGUCGGAGCCUACCACACCAAGAAUAUUGCAAAAAUCUGUGCUGAUGAACACAUCAAAAGAUACAGCUACUGCUGCUCUAACAGACCCAAAAUUGAAUCACCACCAUAAGGGGUCUACUGGCUCAACAACUGAAAAGGUUCCUGCUAAGGCUACCAAGUCUUCUGAGCCAAACAAUUUGGGUCUGAAGCGACCUACCCAGCAAGGUGAUCUGGUGGAGCUGCCUCGGUUAAAUGGUACUGCAGGCUUGGAAGGCAGUGGAGGUCAAGAGAAGAACAAUUGUGAGCAGGAUGGUGUGAAGAAUAGCUUGGCUUCUGCUCAAGUUAGUGAUGGCACCGGCUGUCUGACAAAGACUAGUGGAAAUGCUAAGAUAUGUGACCGUGCUGAUUUUAUUGAGAAUGGCAAGGGCAGCAUGUGCAGGGCUAGCACAAGCAGUGAUGUGAGUGAUGAAAGCACUUGUAGUAGCUUAUGCAGUGGUGUAAACAAGCCUCACAAAGCAAAUGAUCCAAGAUGGGAAGCGAUUCAGGUCAUCAGGGCUAGAGAUGGUGUUCUUGGUUUGAGCCAUUUCAGGCUGCUUAAGAGAUUAGGCUGUGGUGAUAUUGGCAGUGUGUAUUUGUCAGAAUUGAGUGGGACUAAAUGUUAUUUUGCAAUGAAGGUUAUGGACAAGGAAUCUCUAGCAAGUCGUAAAAAGCUGCUUAGAGCGCAGACUGAAAGAGAGACAUUGCAAUGCUUGGAUCAUCCAUUUCUGCCAACAUUAUAUACGCACUUUGAGACUGAUAAAUUCUCAUGUUUGGUCAUGGAGUUUUGCCCAGGAGGAGAUCUGCAUAUGCUUCGGCAGAGGCAACCUGGAAAAUAUUUUCCAGAACAAGCUGUCAAGUUCUAUGUAGCUGAGGUCCUCCUUGCUUUGGAAUACCUACACAUGCUUGGCAUCAUCUAUCGUGACCUCAAGCCAGAAAAUGUCCUUGUCCGAGAGGAUGGCCACAUCAUGCUCUCUGACUUUGACCUUUCGCUCCGUUGCGCCGUUAGCCCCACACUUAUCAAGUCCUCGAACCCUGACUCUGAAGUUUUCCGUAGGAACAACCCUGUCUACUGUGUGCAGCCUGCUUGCAUCAAGUCAUCCUGCAUCCAGCCUUCAUGUGUAGCUCCUACCACAUGCUUCACCCCUCGCCUCUUCUCCUCGAAGUCCAAGGAGCGGAAACCGAAGCUUGAGACCGGCAACCAGGUCAGCCCAUUACCUGAGCUCAUCGCAGAGCCCACAGAUGCUCGGUCCUUGUCAUUUGUUGGUACACAUGAAUACUUGGCCCCCGAGAUCAUCAAGGGUGAGGGUCAUGGGAGUGCCGUGGAUUGGUGGACCUUUGGGAUAUUCUUAUAUGAGCUUUUGUUUGGGAAGACCCCUUUCAAGGGAUCAGGCAACCGAGCUACUCUGUUUAAUGUAGUCGGCCAGCCCUUACAUUUCCCUGAGUCACCAGUUGUGAGCUUCUCCGCAAAGGAUCUCAUUCGAGGACUGCUUGUGAAGGAGCCACAGAACCGGCUCGCUUACAAACGUGGUGCCACAGAGAUAAAACAGCACCCAUUCUUUGAGGGCAUGAACUGGGCCUUGAUACGGUGUGCAAGCCCUCCAGGGAUCCCAAAACGCAUUGAGAUUGAGAGUCCUCCAGCUCCUGCAGCAUCAGCAAGCCAGAAGGUCAGAGCUCCUAUUGAGAAAGGUUCCAACAACUAUCUGGAAUUUGAUUUCUUUUAGUUGAUUCUUCUGAACUGGUGUCAUUUUAUUGAAUGGAGAGAAGAUAUAGAGUUUCUUAAUGUUUUCAGUAUGCUAGUGAUUUCUUCUAUACAGAUUUUGAUCAGUGUCUGUAAUGCUGCUGCUGUUGUCAAGUUGGACUAUUUUGAUUACAAAUCUGUAUUCAACAAAUGCCAAAAAUGAUCUUAUCUUUAUGAUCAUCAUGGAAAGGCCUGCCUUCUUUUAUGUGGUCCUGAUUGGUUUGUAUAAAGGAUGUUUGU